CUAUGAGGGUGCCCGUGUUUACAGAUUUAGGGUUGUACGUGGUAGGUUCUUUGAUAAUCUGUGCUUAAAGGAUAUUCGCCAUGUCAACGUCUCCUAACUAAAGCCAGAUUCUGGUUCAGGGAUCAUCCAUAUAACGUUAGUCUACGGUAGGGAUGAAAAAUGCUUACUCAUGCAACAUUACUGUUGUGUUGUAGUUUUACCUUUCUUGAGCAGCUUCUCCAUCUUGUGCAGAUUCUUCUCCAGGGUGUACCUAUGCAACUGAGCAGGUCGCUGAAACGAUAAGCGAAAGAUGCAGAGGGAUGUGUCGAGCUACGCCAUUGCGCCGUCUGUCAAAGUGAAACUCCUCAAUGCUGGGUUUCUUUCUGCUGCAGACCUGUGUGACUUGCGACCUCUCCAACUCAGCAAAGAGGCCUGCAUCUCCCAGGAGGAGGCAGUAGAGGUGCUGCAGGCUGUGAGGUGUGAGCUUGGCCAGGAGAGGGCAGCAGCAGGCAGGCUGACAGCCCUGGAGCUUCUGGGGAGAGAGCAGGAGCUGGGCACUAUAGUCACUUUCUGCUCAGCACUGGAUAUGGCCCUGGGAGGGGGCAUGCCAGUUGGAAAGACCACUGAGGUCUGUGGGGCGCCUGGGGUGGGAAAGACCCAGCUCUGUAUCCAGUUGUCAGUAGAUGUGCAGAUCCCUGUGUGUUUUGGGGGGUUGGGAGGCAAGUCUCUGUACAUAGACACAGAGGGCAGCUUCCUGGUCCAGAGGGCUGUGGACCUAGCGCAGGCAGCUGUGGAGCACUGUGGGCUUCUAGCAGAGGAUUCAGAACAGCAGGAAGCCUUGAAGGGGUUCACUGUGGAAACAAUCCUCUCCAACUUAUUCCUUGUCCGUUGCCAUGACUACGUGGAGCUGUUGGCAGAGACAUACCUCCUAGCUGACUUCCUGGCCCAGCACCCUGGGGUCCGGCUGGUGGUGAUUGACAGCAUUGCCUUCUCGUUUCGCCAUGACUUUGAUGACCUCUCCCAGAGGACCCGCCUCUUGAACGGCCUCGCCCAGCGGCUCAUCCAGAUGGCCACCAAUCACAAUGUCGCGGUCAUUCUUACCAAUCAGAUGACUACAAAGGUUUGGAGUGGCCAAUCGAAGCUUGUUCCUGCCUUAGGUGAGAGCUGGGGUCACGCUGCUACACAGAGACUCAUCCUACACUGGGAGGGCACACACAGACUUGCAUCCCUGUACAAGUCGCCCAGCCAAAGGGAGGCCACAGUACCCUACCAGAUCACUGGUCAAGGCUUUCGAGACGUGCCCCCCUCAGACCAACCAAAGGCGUCAGAUGACCCCUCUGUGAGACAAUCGGGAAGCUUGAGCAAGCGUCCCCGGAUGGAAGAGGACCAAUCUACAAGAACAUAGGGAAACUAGUGGUUUUAGACCAUGAAUGUGAAAUUUUGUUUUGUUAGAACGGUAUUAUACUUAAGAGUAUAUUGGGUUUUUGUUCUCCUGUCUGUACAGUUUGUUGCUGAAUAUUUUGCUCAACACAAUGUACAGUAUUUACACUGAGUUGAAAUACAAUAUUUGCCUCUGUCAAUAGCUGCCCUGUAAUUACUGCAUGUUAUACUAUCAUGUACAGGUAACUGCAAAAAUAAAGGAAACAAACACCAA